CAUAAAUCCGAAAUCCAAAACCCUUUCCCAAUCGCUCAUCACAUAAAAGGGGCGCCGCUCUCAUUUCUUCUUCUCCAACUACUCCUCACAAGCUAGGGUUUCUGCAACUUUAACGCCGCCAUGGGCAAGGGAACUGGGAGCUUCGGAAAGAGGAGAAACAAGACACACACUCUGUGCGUGAGGUGCGGCCGCCGCAGCUUCCACCUCCAGAAGAGCCGCUGCUCCGCCUGUGCUUAUCCUGCUGCUCGCAAGAGGACGUACAACUGGAGUGUGAAGGCAAUUCGUCGAAAGACGACCGGCACCGGACGCAUGAGGUAUCUCCGCAAUGUUCCCCGCAGAUUCAAGACCAACUUCAGAGAAGGUACUGAAGCAGCACCAAGGAAGAAAGCAGUUGCUGCAUCUGCGUAAGGGGACUAAUGUGGAGAGAGCAAUUGAUUCUACUUUCCCUUGGUAUUGUUAUUGUACUCGACAACGAAUGAAUUUUGAAAAAGCCGUUUUAAGGCAAUUUUGCCAAUUGGAAUUCUUAGUUUAUUUCUACUUAUGUUUAUGUACUUUGUUUUGAAUUUUAAUAUGGAUAUCUGAAUACAACUUUGCUUCAAA